CCCUCUCAACACUCUCCGGCAAUAACUCCUCUACACAUUCUCUUCCCCCUUUCUUCUUCUUCUUCCUCCUCCUCCCCUCCCAUGGCCGCCCAGCUCUUCUUCUUCCUGAAGAACUCCUCAUCAUCUGGCUAUCCCUUCUGAGCUCUCACACGCAGCACAACUCCUUCUAGAUACAAAAGCGCAGGCCGAGAAAGAUACAUCGGAGUUCUCUCUAUACAUAUUUAGACAUAUAGGGUGCUUAUCUAGAUCUCUCACUGCCUGACAAGGCUCUCUGUGUUUCCUUCUCCUAGAUCUGCUGCUACGUACUUGUGCAGCUGUGCUGUUGCUUGGCAAGCAAUAUAUAUAUACCUCUCUCCAUAUAUAGCACCUAUUGUUUUGAUUGGAGGGAGAGAUGCAGGUGUGUAUGUGAAGAAAUGGAAGGUGUUUGGAGGAGGCGAUAGUUAGGGUUUUCAGACGUAGGCGGAGAUUACCAUGAUGAUCCCGGCGAGGCACAUGCCAUCGUCGAUGAUCGGCCGGAGCAGCGGCGGCGCAGCCUACGGAUCCUCAUCAGCACUGUCACUCGGUCAGCCAAACUUGCUGGACAAUAACAGUCAGCACCUGCAGCACGCGCUCCAGCAGCACCACCUCCUCGAUCAGCAGAUCCCGACGACGACGGCGGAGAGCAGCGACCACGCACACAACGGCAUGAUCCGCGGCCGGGACUCCAUGGACCCGCUGGGCGACGAGUUCGAGAGCAGGUCCGGCAGCGAGAACGUGGACGGGGACGCCGUGGACGCCGACCAGGACCCCAGCCAGCGGCCGCGCAAGAAGCGGUACCACCGCCACACCCAGCACCAGAUCCAGGAGAUGGAAGCUUUCUUCAAGGAGUGUCCUCACCCUGACGACAAGCAGCGCAAGGAGCUGAGCCGGGAGCUGGGGCUGGAGCCUCUCCAAGUGAAGUUCUGGUUCCAGAACAAGAGGACCCAAAUGAAGAACCAGCACGAGAGGCACGAGAACUCGCAGCUGCGGGCGGACAACGACAAGCUGCGCGCCGAGAACAUGCGCUACAAGGAGGCCCUCAGCAGCGCCUCCUGCCCCAACUGCGGCGGCCCGGCGGCCCUCGGCGAGAUGUCCUUCGACGAGCACCACCUGCGCGUCGAGAACGCGCGCCUCCGCGACGAGAUCGACCGCCUCUCCGCCAUCGCCGCCAAGUACAUCGGCAAGCCCAUGGUGCCCUUCCCCGUCCUCUCCAACCCCACGCUCGGCGCCGUGGGAGCCUACGGCGCUCACCCCGCGGACAUCUUCGCCGCUGCCGAGCUUCCGCCGAUGAGGGCCGCCGGCGGUGUGGACGCGGAGAAGCAGGGCGUCGUGGUGGAGCUGGCCGUGGCGGCCAUGGAGGAGCUGGUCCGGAUGGCGCGGAUGGACGGGCCCCCGUGGACGGCCGAUGGAAGGCUGGACGAGGAGGAGUACGCCAGGAUGUUCGGCCCGCGCGGCGUGCUCGGGCCCAAGCAGUACGGCCUCGUCUCCGAGGCCUCCCGCGACGCCGCCGUCGUCAUCAUGACACCAGCAAGCCUCGUCGAGAUCCUCAUGGACGUCAACCAGUACGCGGCGGUGUUCUCGAGCAUUGUCUCCAGGGCGGCGACCCUGGAGGUACUAUCCACGGGCGUGGCGGGCUGCUACGACGGCGCGCUGCAGGUGAUGUCGGUGGAGUUCCAGGUGCCGUCGCCGCUGGUGCCGACAAGGGAGAGCUACUUCGUGAGGUACUGCAAGCGCAACUCCGACGGGACCUGGGCCGUCGCCGACGUCUCGCUGGACGCGCUGCAGGGGAUCAAGUGCCGGCGCAGGCCCUCCGGCUGCCUCAUCCAGGAGGCGCCCAACGGCUACUCCAAGGUGACGUGGGUGGAGCACGUGGAGGUGGACGACAGGGCCGUGCACAACAUCUACAAGCUGCUCGUCAACUCAGGCAUCGCCUUUGGAGCACGCCGGUGGGUCGGUGCCCUCGGACGGCAGUGCGAGCGCCUCGCCAGCGCCAUGGCCAGCAACAUCCCCACCAGCGACAUUGGAGUGAUCACAAGCACAGAGGGGAGGAAGAGCAUGCUGAAGCUGGCCGAGAGGAUGGUGGCGAGCUUCUGCGGCGGUGUGACGGCAUCCGUGGCGCACCAGUGGACGACGCUAUCGGGGAGCGGCGCCGAGGAUGUCAGGGUCAUGACCAGGAAGAGCGUGGACGACCCCGGGAGGCCACCGGGCAUCGUCCUCAACGCCGCCACCUCCUUCUGGCUCCCUGUACCGCCCAAGCGCGUCUUCGACUUCCUCCGCGACGAGUCUUCUCGCAGCGAGGUACACCAUAAUUGCAAGAUCACAUCAUCGCCAUGGAAUUCAAUUUCUAAAGAUGAUGAACUAACUAUGUUUUGGACUUCUUUUGGUAUGCAGUGGGACAUCCUCUCCAAUGGCGGCAUGGUCCAAGAAAUGGCUCAUAUUGCCAAUGGGCGUGAUCAUGGCAACUGCGUCUCCCUCCUUCGCGUCAAUAGCACCAACUCGAACCAAAGCAACAUGCUGAUCCUGCAAGAAAGCUGCACGGACUCGUCAGGCUCCUACGUCAUCUACGCCCCGGUGGACGUUGUGGCCAUGAACGUCGUGCUCAACGGCGGCGACCCAGACUACGUCGCGCUCCUGCCGUCCGGUUUCGCCAUCCUGCCCGACGGACCGGCUGCCGGGAUCAUGCACGCCGGCGGUGUCGGCUCGGGCGGGUCGCUCCUCACGGUGGCGUUCCAGAUCCUGGUCGACUCCGUCCCCGACGCGAAGCUGUCUCUUGGCUCGGUGGCAACCGUGAACAGCCUCAUCGCCUGCACCGUGGAGCGCAUCAAGGCGGCCGUCUCUGGCGCAGGAAGCUCUCCGCAGUAGCUUCUCUAAAUUGAACAAUAUUUCUAUGUCCGUGUCAGAGGAGCAGUAAAAUUUUGGAGCUUUCAUCAGUGGGAAGUCAAGAACGCACCUCAGACUCUCCUUGCCAUGUGGUGCUCAUAGAUUUGGGCGAUUGUUUUCCGCAAAUUCGAUCGGGAAACUCCAAAGAAAUGAUUUGUUUCUCCGCAGAAAAAGGUGUCACCACUAUGCAAGGGCGGUUGGUUCGGGUAUUGACUUCCUCUUUGUGUCGGCCUCUUGGAUGCUGUUGCCUCUGGAUUUUUAGGGUUCUUGGUGUAGUACAAAAAAUCGUAAUUUUUCUGUCUGUAAUUCCUUCUAUCAGUUGUCGUUGUUGUUCAGACUUCCAGUACUCUGUAGGUGCUGCAGAAUAGAGAUUUGUGCCUGUCUGCUGCUUUGGGUUUAUAAUUUUGUAGCGCUUCUGGUGAUCCAUCACCGUUUCAAUCCCAAAUUUGUGUUGUGA